UCUGGAUUCAGCGCGGGACGGAAUACUUGUCUUUUCUGGUCGUUAAUAGGCUGGAAACGGCGCAGUGACACGGCUUCUCAUUGCCGAAAGAUCCCCGGAGAAGUCAAAACUUUUUUUAUUAUUUUUUUUUCCCAGCGCCGAGUGGAGGAAAAUACUCCGGACUGGAACCGGGAUACUUGGGAAAUAUUUGGGAAUAUCGGAUCUCAAAGGGAAAGCCACUUUUUUUUCCCCUUUUCUUUUCUUUUCUUUUCUUUUCUUUUCUACGGUGAUACUAGAAUUUCAGGCGGCUCCACAGCCGAGAAUAACCUACCCCAGCAGAUCCGGACUAAUCAAGCCCCCCCACGCUGUCCCUGCAGGAACGUUAUGGGAACUUUGGAGUGAUUUUUUUUUUUUUUUUUUUCCCUCCUCGGGGCGGCGGGGUUCGCUGCCGGGCCGUGUCACUUUCCCAGACAGAGCAAGGCUGACGCGGGGGCAGCGGGCAGCUAAAUGCGGCUGACUGGCGACCCUGCACCGGGAACCAUGAACAGCGGCGGGUCUGGCAACUUUCUCCUGGUCCCCAUACCGGAGUAUCCCCUGCUGGACUGUGUGCCCAACAAGACGGUGAAGAUCGUGGUGCUGGGAGCGAGCAACGUCGGGAAAACCGCUCUGAUUGUCAGGUUUCUGACCAAGAGGUUCAUUGGGGAUUAUGAGGCAAACACUGGAGCGCUCUACUCCAGAAAGGUCACACUGGAUGGGGAGGAAGUGUCGCUUCAGAUCCAGGAUACUCCCUGUGUCGCUCUCCAGGAUGAUGCUGAGGGCCUGUACUGCCAGGAGCAGAUCAACAGGGCGAUCUACUGGGCAGACGGCUACGUGCUGGUUUUCUCCAUCACAGACCACAACAGCUACCGAACCAUCCAACCACUCUACCAACACGUCAGACGCAUACACCCAUCUGGAAACAUACCUGUUAUACUGGUUGGCAACAAGAGUGACCUGCUCCGCGCCCGACAAGUGCCUGCAGACGAAGGCGAGACGUUAGCGGCUUCGCUAGGAGGAGUUUACUUUGAGGCCUCGGCCAGAGAGAACCACGAAGGAGUCCACACCGCCUUCCUACAUCUCUGUCAGGAGGUGAUCCGAGCAUUGGGAGGAGGAAACGGGGAGAAAAGGAGAGGAGGCCUCCACCUGGCCAGACCCAAAUCUCCCAACAUGCAGGAGCUGAAGAGGAGGUUCAGGCAGGUCCUCUCCUCCAAGGUCAAGUCGGCCACCACUCUCUGAUCACAGGACCAACAACAAGGUGCAGGCAGGCACUUGGCAAAGAUAAGAGCUUACUUGGAAAAUAAAAGUUGUGGAUUUUCUUUCACGGAUGAACGAUGACGAGAGGAACUCAUGGCAUUAAUGUCGGGGAAACACACAGCUGAACUUCUCUGCAGUGAUCAAAGAGCAAGUAGUCGUUUUCGGAUGGAUGGAUUAAGACAACGGCCAAAUGGAGCUUUCCGGCAGCUGAGCUCUUCUCUGUGUUUGGGACAAGACUCGCUGUCAAAAAAGACCUCUUCCCAGGCUUAAGUACAACGAGCGUGCUGCUCAAAGCGGAUAUGUCAAAGACUGCUAAACAAACAGCAUGCGUUGUGUGAGUGUGUCAGCAAACUUCACUGACAGGGGCAUUGUGCACCUUCAAACAUAUUAGGAGCCCAAUCCUACCACGGACACAAUUCAUGUCUCAGUUUUCUUGAGCCUGAAAAAUCAUACUCUCAGUGAAUUUAAUACAUCACAUCGAUAAAGAAUUAUUGAUUUCACCCAGUUAAUGGAUUUUUACGGAAAAACCAGAUGAUGCUAAGAACUUGUCAUGUAAUAGGGAGUCUCUCAUUUCAGGCCCAGUUUGUUUCUUUGACGCUCAUUUAUGUUGCUUUAAUUGAGAGUCUUUCUUUAUGGAACUAAACGAUACUCAAAAUAUCGUCUUCUUUUUGUACAGUUCAGGUUAAUUCAUGUGAGAUGGAUGCCAUAUCGAACUUUGCUGAUACCAAAUAAAUGAAACGUGAGUUUCUGUCCUCUCUGUUGAGUUUUCACAGUUUUAGUAACAAAGUAGUGUGAACCAAAACAGGAAAUGACCCUAAGGGACAAGUCUUCAAGGCUAAACACGGAGACAAAUGUUGACAUUUGACAGCUGGAAGCGAAGCCUAGUGUAAUAAAACAGAGCGGGGGGUCGGGACUCCUGAUACAUAUGGAAGUCUAUGGCUGCCGAUAAUAAAAUGCAAUCAGACUGAGAUUUCAUUUUACAUUAAUUUGCCAUCAGGACUGGGAUUUAUUUUCCAUUGCAUGUGAAAAAAAUUAAAAUUUUAA